UGGUCGUGUCUCCUGUCAGCCUGGCAGCCCACGGUCCUGGCCCAUCCAACCCCUCCACGCCGCGCAGGCCCACGGACACCUUAGCCCGAGCGCCGGCUCGGGGCUCCGCUGCUCUGGCCUGGGAGGCGGGGCCGGCGGCGCGGCGUCAUGCAUAUGCAUGAGCGGCGCGGCGGCGGCUCCAUUGUGCCCUCGGAGCGGGCGGCGGCGCGAUGGCGCGGGCGGCGGCGGCCCCGGGGCGGCGGGCGGCGCGGAGGGCGGGCUGAGCGCAUGGAACGGCGCGGGCCGGGGGCCGCCGCGGCGAGGGGCCGGGCCAGGCCGGGAGGAGCAGCCAGAGCAACAGAGUCCCAGAUAAGCACUGGCAGACCCGGUCUGUAGGGCUGCUCUAUCGCCAAUGAACUCCAUGAACCCCAUGAAACCUGCCCUGCCCCCCGCGCCACAUGGUGAUGGUUCAUUUGCAUACGAGUCUGUGCCUUGGCAACAAAGCGCCACUCAGCCAGCUGGGUCACUAUCCGUGGUCACUACCGUGUGGGGAGUCGGCAACGCGACACAGAGCCAGGUUCUGGGGAACCCCAUGGGCCCUGCAGGAAGCCCCCCUGGUGGCUCCAUGAUGCCUGGUGUGGCAGGUGGCAGCUCCGCCUUGACCUCCCCGCAAUGCCUGGGACAGCAGGCAUUUGCUGAAGGUGGUGCUAGCAAGGGCUACGUGCAGCAAAGUGUGUAUGGCCGUGGGGGCUACCCCGGGGGCCCCAGCUUCACCACCGGAUAUGCAGGUGGCCCAGGAGGACUGGGCCUCCCCUCACAUGCUGCACGACCCUCCACUGACUUCACACAAGCUGCAGCUGCGGCUGCUGUGGCUGCCGCUGCAGCCACCGCCACCGCCACAGCCACAGCCACCGUGGCUGCACUGCAAGAGAAGCAGAGCCAGGAGCUGAGCCAGUAUGGAGCGAUGGGGACUGGACAGUCUUUUAACAGCCAGUUUCUGCAGCAUGGAGGUCCCCGGGGGCCCAGCGUUCCCCCUGGCAUGAACCCUACUGGCAUGGGAGGGAUGAUGGGCCCCUCUGGCCUCUCCCCCAUGGCCAUGAACCCCACCCGGGCAGGAGGCAUGACGCCCUUGUAUGCAGGGCAACGCCUACCCCAGCAUGGGUACCCUGGUCCUCCCCAGGCCCAGCCGCUGCCCCGACAAGGGGUCAAGAGAGCCUACUCUGAGGUGUAUCCAGGGCAGCAGUACCUGCAAGGAGGCCAGUACACGCCCGGCACUGCCCAGUACGCGCCUGGCCCUGGGCAACCCCCUGCCCCUUCCCCCUCUUACCCUGGGCACAGGCUGCCCCUGCAGCAGGGUAUGGGCCAGUCCCUGUCUGCACCAGGCCCUGCAGGACUGCACUACAAGUUUUCUCUCUCACAGCCCACAGAGCAGUUCAACGGGCAGGGCACCAGCUUCAACGGGGGCAGCGUCAGCUACAGCCAGCCUGGCCUGAGUGGGCCUGCCCGUUCCAUCCCUGGCUACCCCAGUUCCCCACUGCCAGGCAACCCCACACCACCCAUGACACCCAGCAGCAGUGUCCCGUACAUGUCCCCAAGCCAGGAGGUCAAGUCUCCCUUCCUGCCUGACCUCAAACCAGGCCUCAGCUCCUUGCACCCAUCGCCCUCUGGAAAUGGUCCUUGUGAUGAACUGCGGUUGACCUUCCCUGUAAGGGAUGGGGUUGUCCUGGAGCCCUUCCGACUGCAGCACAACCUGGCUGUUAGCAACCAUGUCUUCCAGCUUCGAGACUCAGUCUAUAAGACUCUGAUGCUGAGGCCUGACUUGGAACUGCAGUUCAAGUGCUACCACCACGAGGACCGACAAAUGAACACCAACUGGCCAGCCUCGGUGCAGGUCAGCGUCAAUGCCACCCCCCUCACCAUUGAGCGUGGAGACAAUAAGACCUCGCACAAGCCCCUCUAUCUGAAGCACGUGUGCCAGCCAGGCCGCAACACCAUCCAGAUCACCGUCACCGCCUGUUGCUGCUCCCAUCUCUUCGUGCUGCAGCUGGUGCAUCGUCCAUCCGUCCGUUCCGUACUGCAGGGCCUCCUCAAGAAGCGCCUCCUGCCUGCUGAGCACUGCAUCACCAAGAUAAAGCGGAACUUCAGCAGUGGCACCAUCCCUGGCACCCCUGGACCCAAUGGAGAGGAUGGGGUGGAGCAGACAGCUAUCAAGGUGUCCCUGAAGUGCCCCAUCACCUUCCGCAGAAUCCAGCUCCCUACCCGUGGUCAUGACUGUCGCCACAUACAGUGCUUUGACCUGGAGUCAUACCUGCAGCUCAACUGUGAGCGAGGGACCUGGAGGUGCCCUGUAUGCAACAAGACAGCAUUGCUGGAGGGUCUGGAGGUGGACCAGUAUAUGCUGGGCAUCCUGAUAUACAUUCAGAACUCCGACUAUGAGGAGAUCACCAUCGACCCCACAUGCAGCUGGAAGCCAGUACCAGUGAAGCCUGAUGUGCACAUCAAGGAGGAGCCAGAUGGGCCGGUGCUGAAGCGCUGUCGCACCGUGAGCCCUGCCCAUGUGCUCAUGCCCAGCGUGAUGGAGAUGAUUGCAGCCCUGGGCCCCGGUGCUGCCCCUUUUGCCCCCUUGCAGCCCCCUUCAGCCCCUGCCCCCAGCGACUACCCUGGCCAGGGUUCCAGCUUCCUGGGGCCUGGACCCUUCCCAGAGUCUUUCCCACCCACUACACCCAGCACCCCAAGCCUUCCUGAGUUCACCCCGGGGCCACCUCCCAUUUCCUAUCAGUCUGACAUUCCCAGCAGCCUCCUGACUCCAGAGAAGUCUGCUCCCUGCCUCCCAGGCCAGAUGGCACCAGUGGGCCACUUGGACCCAGCCCAUAAUCCUGGGCCACCAGGGCUACACACCUCCAAUCUUGGGGCACCCUCAGGUCCCCAACUGCACCAUCCAAACCCUCCCCCUGCAUCCCGGCAGACCCUGGGUCAAGCAAGCUCAGGGUCUGUUGGUGAGCUGGCCUUCAAUCCUGCCACAGGCGUGAUGGGGCCCCCCAGCAUGUCUGGGGCGGGGGAGGCCCCAGAACCAGCACUGGAUCUGCUCCCAGAACUGACCAACCCUGAUGAGCUGCUGUCCUACCUGGGCCCACCUGACCUCCCCACAAACAGCAAUGAUGACUUGCUCUCUCUCUUUGAGAACAACUGAUCCUGUGUUAACCCCUGGCCUAGCAGGGACACACUCAAAGAUGUCACCACAGCCUGCCCUCCUUGCAGAGCCCUACAGGACACCUGGCACACCUUCCCAAAACUCAUCACAUGUCCAGAGCCAGGGUCUGCCACUGCUGGUCCCAGCCCUGAACUGUGGAAGCAGCUUGUGCUCUGUUGGAGGGGCCCUAAGCCAGUGGCUACCAUCACCCUCCCACCACCAGGCUCACUGCUGCAAAACGGUUUUGCUGAGGUGCCCUGCCCACCCGCUGCACACACACCCUAUACCCCUAAUCUCACAGCCUUGCACCUUGUCCUUCCACCCCUGCCUGCUCCCACCCAGCCUGCAUCUUGUCCAGCAUUGACCCUUCUGUUUCCACUCCUUUUUGGGAGAAGAGUCGGGUGUGCAAUGAGGCUGUCUCUGUCUCCUUGGCCUGCAGCUCUAGUGGCCUGUGCCCUGCAGCCCCUGCUCUCAGAACCAUGCAGAAUGCAUAGUUCAGGGGCCUAGAGCUCUUGCCCAGCUGGCAUUGUGUGUGGUGUGGGGUUCCUCCCCCCAUCCUAAGCUUCAGGCAGAGGCUGGGGGGCAGGGGAGCUAUAAAGCACAACAAUGUACAUAGUGUAGAAACACUAACAGCUGAGAAAGGGAGGGGAAAGCUAUUUAAGUCAGCAUGUUCCUCUGUUAAGCAGCCAGCCCAGGCUUCCCUGUGCUUUCUGCCCUUCUAAUAUGCAGACAGCUCAGGGAGGAACAGUGCAGUGGGAGGAGACUGUGAGCUUCAGCUGUCUCUGGUUGGGCUCGCAGACUCAGCUCUGUGUAAAAUUUCUCUAGUGGGCUGCUAUCCCAAGUUCCCCUUUUCUGUGAAAGUGAAGAAUUAGUACAGCUGUGUUUUUUAAAACCACCUCUCCAUCUCCACCCUGCGGGCCCACACCCAGGUGGGGAGGAAGAAGCCGCUGCAUCUGCUGGCUCAGGGCCUGCUCGUGCAAUUAGGGCUCCUGACCCUGUCGUGUCUCCUGUCUACUAUCUCUAUUAAAGGACUCCCUCUUGGUGGGCCUGGACGAGUCCCUCCUUCAUGCUGGGGGGCUGUGGUCUCCCUUGGGGACCAGGCCCAACCCACAGCUGGCUUUUGGUGCCCUACAUCAAGCUCUGGAUGUUCUGAACCAAGCCUCAGCUAUUCCCAGCUCCAUGGUAAAUUUCCUUUUCCCUGGAAUUUUCCAAGUUGGCUUCAGCUGGAGAGCUAUUUUGUGAAGUGUCCCAGGCUUGCCUGGGUGACAUUUGCCAUCAUGUCACCUUCCCUGGGUGUGUCCUGGGGCAGGGAGCCAGCUGUCUUGGGUACCCCAACCCAGCCAAGGCCCUCAUAAGCACUAGGCUCUGUCCCUAGGAGGCCUCUGCUUGUUGCCCCCUGGAGGGUGCAGAGUUGAUCCUGGCUACUAUCUGCCCAUCCAGAUUGGUGGGGUCCAGGUGGCCCCUGUUUCUCAUCCUGGCCCUGAGACCUUGCCCCUGAGGGCCUUCCUGUCCAGCAAGAGAGACUAGAACUGUGAGGGAAACAGGAACCCAGGGAGGAGGGGAGUGCCUGGUAUUCUUGGCCAGCUGCCAAGGCCUGUCCUGGAGGAGGUGCCUGUCUAGGAGCCUAGAGGCUGCAGGGGAAGACAGAAGGGAGGUGUCAGGGUGGGAGGGGCCUCUGGCAGCUCUGAGUACCACUAACAUCUGAGACCACGCAGGUGGGCCUUUUUGCCCCCUAAAGAGCCUUUUCCCAACUUUUCUGCCCUCUGAAGCCCUAGAAGCAGAAAUGGAGAAAAGUGUAGGAACAAUAGUGGGCCAACGCCAGAGCUAAGGAAAUGUGGGAACAUGCUUAGCAGAGUCCCCUCAGCUAUAGGCCACCUUGGGGGGUUGGGGAACAGGCUCUUCUUACUUGGGGUGCCACCUGAUUGCUGGACAGCCUGUUGUAAGUCUGGGUGCACGUAGGUAAAAGGAGAAACCAGGAGACUGGGACAGACAAGAGGAUGCAAACUACCCAGAAGUCCAUCCUUAGAGGGUGGAUAAGGGGUUACUGUGUCAGAACAUUCUAGACAUGAACAGGUCCAGAAACAAUGUGAAAUAAAAGGUGUAGAAGCUCAAA